UGCAAGAGAAAAGCGCUAUAAUCAUCAUGGACAACAAAUGUUUACAAAUGAUUGCUUUCAAUGAAGAACUAAAACAUUCUUAUGAUCAAUGAGGUACAUUUAAAUGAUAAAAGUGAAGAAUAAUGGUGUAUCUUUAGAUGCUAAUGUAUCAUAUUCUAGGUGUUUGUUAACAAACCAAAACGUGCCAUUCUUGAACAACGGAGACAUGGAUGAGUCAUCCCCAUGUGUCGUUUUGCAGAUAACCAUCUCUAGAUAACUUCAGAACAUUUUUGAAUUUCUGAAGCUUUUUGAGAGGCUUUUGAUUUUCGCUUAUUACCUAUGGGACAAUUGUCAUCAGAUUUGGAGAUGAUGUCUGGUCCAAAGUAAACCACGUUUUCAACGCAUGCAACCUUGUCGCGAUGCAUGAUGACAGGACAUAGAUUUACAAAAGUGCUGGAUUGGAAGUUGACUGUCGGCACCACAUCUUAUACAGUUAAGCUGACAACUGCAAUGCAAUGGCAGUAAUGGAAAAUCUCUUCUGACUUGCCCUUCGUAAAGAUGGUGAUCUGAAAGCUUGUGGAGGCAAUUUAUCCUGCUCGUCAAAUUGUCUUUUCCAGAAGGAUGUUUUGGACUGAAGGAGAGUGUAUCUGGAAUCUGUGCAAGGCUGUUGGGCAAAAACUCUCCCCUUACGCCGCGGAGACGUCCCCUCCACAUCCAUCUCCAUCCCAUUUAGCCACAGUAGCCAUAUCCUGAUCACUGGCUCCAAGAUGGAUCCUUUGGAAAGAAUGCACUUCACCACUAUCGACUAUGUCAUAUUUGCCCUCUUGCUGGUGGCAUCCAUGGGCAUAGGGCUGUAUUACGCCCUGUCAGGGGGUCGGCAGCGCACCACUCAAGAGUUCCUGCUAGCGGACCGGAGCAUGAGCUGCCUUCCUGUAUCCCUGUCACUUAUCGCUACAUUUCAGUCAGCGGUGGCUAUAGUGGGCGUGCCGGCAGAGAUCUAUACCCAUGGCACUCAGUACUGGUUCAUAGGCUGUGCUUACAUCUUGGGCCUAUUAAUUCCAGCACAUGUUUUCAUUCCUGUGUUCUACAGGCUGCAUCUUACCAGCGCUUACCAGUAUCUGGAACUGCGCUUUAGCAAACCAGUGCGUAUCUGUGGAACACUUACCUUCAUCUUUCAGACAGUCAUCUAUAUGGGUGUUUGUGUGUACACUCCGGCCGUAGCACUCAAUGCAGUUACUGGCUUUGAUCUAUGGGGAGCAGUACUGGCCACUGGACUGGUGUGUACACUGUAUACUACUCUGGGAGGCCUGAAGGCAGUGAUCUGGACAGAUGUCUUCCAGACCAUAGUGAUGUUUGCUGGCCAGCUGACGGUCAUUGUGGUGGGGGUCCAGCAGACUGGAGGGUUAGCAGAGGUCUGGAGGAAGGUCUGGGAGGGGAACCGUAUCUCUGGCAUAGACCUGAAUCCUGACCCUACGGAGAGGUACACAUUCUGGACCCUGGGGGUGGGAGGGAUCUUCCUGAUGCUGUCUCUGUACGGGGUCAACCAGGCCCAGGUCCAGAGAUACCUCAGCUCCAAGACCGAGCGGGAAGCCAUCAUGUCUUGCUACAUGGUGUUUCCCUUUCUACAGGUAGCUCUAGCUCUGAGCUGUGCCAUGGGGCUGGUCAUGUUUGCGCGUUACUGUGGGGAGGACCAAUUUCACAAAAUAGGCAACUUAUCAAAAAAUGAGAUGGUGUUAUACUUUGUUAUGGACAUGCUGCAGGAUCUACCUGGUCUGUCUGGACUGUUUAUAGCUUGCGUAUUUAGUGCAGCUCUCAGCACCAUCUCGUCAGCCUUUAACUCUCUGGCCACAGUGACCUUGGAGGAUCUGAUCAAACCACACUGCUCAUCCAUGACAGAGGCCAGGGCCACCCUGCUCUCCAAGGGACUGGCAUGUUCAUAUGGACUGAUGUGCCUGGCUAUGGCCUAUUUAACCCACUUGAUGAGUGAUUCCGUUUUGCAAGCUGCUUUCAAAAUCUUUGGAAUGGUUGGUGGUCCUCUUCUUGGCAUCUUCUGUCUCGGGAUGUUCAUUCCUUGGGCUAACUCUACUGGUGCCCUGGCGGGUUUGGGGUCAGGCCUGGUGAUGGCCUUCUGGGUGGGCAUCGGGAGCAUCGUAACCCGUACCUCUGGUGGUCCUGCUGCUGUGUCUCAUUUCAACUGCACUGCUGUACAACUCUCAGAAAACAUCACCACAGCCAUAGGGACUGCACUCAAUAGUACUGCUGUGCCUACUAGUACAUCCAGAUUCCGUCUCUCACAGUUGAAGUGUACCUAUGAAUCAAAUUACAGACGUCUACAUGCUUUCCAACCAAUGGGUCUGCAGAGAUUCUACUCCUUAUCCUUCAUGUGGUACAGUGCUCUCAGCUCUUUCACUGUGGUGAUCACAGGGUUGAUUGUUAGCUUUCUCACAGGACCAAUGAAAGAGGAGGAUGUGACCCCAGGCACUCUGUAUCCUCUGUUGGGCAACAUGCUGUUCUUUGUACCAGAUAACCUCAAACAAAAUCUGUGCUGCGCCACCCCACUGGAGCACAGGCCAAUCAUCCAGGAAUGUCCACCUGCACAACACAAGGAAAAUAAUGUUCAGGCCGUCUACACAGAAGAAGAAGAGGAGGAGAGGCUGAACUUUCUUCCCACUUCUCCCACACCUGUUACGGAACACGAGACAACUGUGUGAUGCACAGAGACACUUCCAUAACCUCAUGUUAUGCCGUGGCACACGGGGCAGUGAAAUGGUCCACACCAUUUUAUGUCACUGUUUUUCACAGUGGACCUGUUCUUUUGAGGAGAUGUGAUGUCGGGAGUGACUCUUAUUUUAAAACUUUGCUUCAGGUUUGUAAUUCAAGUGACUGGAUAAAAAAUGCACUGGGACUGUACAUGUAUGUAUAUUGUACAUGACGCAUGGCAAUACCAAAUGUACGUAGAGUAUUACGUAUUCUGGAAAUCAAAAGAUAAACCCGAUGCCAUAUUAUCUAGUUCUGAGGAAUUCAGAUUUGAAUGGACCGGAUGUAUAAAUGCAAAAUAUCUGGUUUAUGUUUCCUCUCAUUACCACAUAUUACCACAGAUAAGAGGAAACCCAGAGGCCGGCAGUGGGAGCAGAAUGGUUUUGGCAGACAUUCUGCCAAUAUUCUCAACGACCAAACAUUUUAUGUCCAAACAGUUUUCUGUUUCUAAAACUACAAUCUGUAACCAACUGAGAGGACUGCAUUUUGUAGACUUUACCCUUUGCCAAAGUUUGAAAAAAGUUAAGGAGUGCAAGGGUGAAUUGAGUUAUUGCACACCCACACUUUAGAAUAGGCAACAGAAAUAUGCAAAUAAAUGCUAGAACGUGCCAAUGGGAUCUCACUAGCUUGUGAAUGUCCUGCCCACUCUGAUUAAUUUGCUCCCAUUGGAAACUACAGGCUCUGUUCAAUUUUGGGUUAGUUAUAUCUUUGAUAUCACUAUGCUACUGUCAAUGAGAAAUAUCUUUAAUUUGUGGAACUGAGUAGUUCUUUCAGUAAUGUGAUCCGGUGAACAACUUUGUCAUGUUGGCCUGUUGUCGAAGCAGAAAAUAUUUUUGUAAAAUUAUACUGAGACUGUUUUGUUAGAAAAUAAAAUCUUAAACAUUUCAAUGUA